CGAAUGACAGCGGUAAGGUGUACUGUGUGCGCUAGUGAAAUACUUCCCCCAAGGUGAGAGGGGAUGAUAGCAAGAUGCUGGAAAAGUUCUGGCUCUCGUGUAAGAACAACACGACGCUGCGGUAUGGAGUGCCCAUGAUGCUGCUGGUCAUAGGCGGUUCCUUCGGACUUCGGGAAUUUACUCAAAUUCGUUAUGACGUCCAGAAGCUAAAGAAUACAGUGGACCCCUCGGUAGCGGGCGCAAUCAAAAAUAAAGAGAAAGAGGUUUCCCUGGAAUCUGAGUACGAGAAAUUUAAGGAGAAGUCAUUUGCCGAAUGGAAAAACAUCCGAGGUCCUCGUCCAUGGGAGGACUCUAAAUCGUACCAAGACCAACAGAGGACAAGCGACACCAAAGAGACCUAAAUUGUAAUGGAUUGAAAUGGAGGGGGGGGGGGGGAGGGGACAGAAACCAUGAAUUUAUUCCAUUUCAUCCACAUCAUCUCAUGUCUUCUGGCAUCCCCAUGCCUCAAAUAACAAACAUGCUCCACCAGUCCCCAAAAAUGUAUCCCAUCUCUUCAGCAGGUAGACCUUGACGAAGCGUGGACCCUAACUGUGAUUGUAUUUCAGCCUGCUUCUGCAUAAUAUUAAACUAUUUUCUAUUCAA